AUGGACAGCUUCGACAACUUUCAAUAUGCAGAUUCCGCUUCAUCGUACGGCGGCGCUAUCAGCGUUGUAGAUGAUAACUCCUCUGUCUAUACUGCAACGACAAACACUGGAACGCCAGUUGACCUGGAAAGCCUCUCCAUCGUAGACGAUCGUUCUCAAACAUCCAAUGGACACGAAGGGCGCCACCAUCACACGCAGAGAACCGGCGUAGAUGAAGACUUUUAUGCUGUUCUUGAUGACCUAAAAGACGAGGGUACUAUGGAUCUCCCUCCCCAUGCUUGCAGCUAUUGCGGAAUCCACUCGCCAGCCUCCGUUGUGAAGUGCCUUGUGUGCGCUAAAUGGUUCUGCAACUCGCGCGGCAACACUUCCGCUUCACAUAUCGUGAACCAUCUAGUGCGCGCAAAGCAUAAGGAGGUUAUUUUGCAUGCCGAGAGCCCCCUUGGGGAAACAACUCCUGAAUGUUAUAAUUGUGGUAGCAAGAAUGUGUUUAUGCUGGGAUUCAUCCCCGCAAAGAGUGACACUGUCGUAAUCCUUUUGUGUCGCCAGCCUUGUGCGACGGUCAGCAAGGACAUGUCUUGGAAUGCCGCCCUAUGGGCACCGUUGAUCGAUGACAGGUCUUUCCUUUCAUGGCUCGUGAAGCCUCCCACCGAAACCGAACAACUUCGAUCUCGUCAGAUAUCCUUCAACCAGAUCAACCGCUUGGAAGAUCUCUGGCGCGAAAACGCCAACGCCACUCUGGAGGACCUCGAGAAACCUGGUGUCGAUGACGAACCACAGCCUAUCCUUCUGCACUACGAGGACGCAUAUCAGUACCAGAAUAUUUUCGGUCCUCUGGUCAAGAUCGAGGCUGAUUAUGACAAGCGCUUGAAAGAGAGUCAGACUCAAACUGAUAUCACUGUCCGAUGGGACGUUGGUCUCAACCAGAAGAGAGUGGCGUGGUUUGGCUUGCCCAAGCUUGAGAGUGGUGAAGUCAGACUUGCGGUCGGUGAUGAAUUGCGGUUGAGAUAUCAGGGGGAGUUGCACAAAGCUUGGGAUGGGGUGGGGCAUGUCAUUAAAAUUCCGAACAACAUUUCUGACGAAAUUGGGCUUGAAUUGCGACGCACUGAAGGCGUGCCUACCGAUUGCACGCAUAACUUUGCGGCGGAUUUUGUGUGGAAGUCCACCAGCUUUGAUAGGAUGCAGUUGGCGAUGAAGACCUUCGCAGUCGAUGAGAAGAGUGUUAAUGGUUACAUCUAUCACAAGCUUCUCGGACAUGAUCUAGCGCCCCAGGUUCUACGCACGCAGAUGCCCAAGCGUUUCUCUGCGCCAGGUCUUCCCGAGCUCAAUCACUCUCAAAUGUACGCAGUCAAGAGUGUUCUGCAGAAGCCCAUUAGUUUGAUCCAGGGCCCUCCUGGUACUGGAAAGACCGUAACUUCUGCUUCGAUCGUUUAUCAUCUCGCCAAGAUGAAUCCCGGUCAAGUUCUCGUCUGCGCGCCAUCGAACGUGGCCGUCGAUCAGCUCACUGAGAAGAUACAUGCCACUGGUUUGAAGGUCGUGCGUCUGACUGCCAAAUCCCGCGAAGCCCUAGACUCUAGCGUCGCCUUCUUGACUCUGCACCAACAAGUCGCAAAUAGUACAACUCACGUGGAGUUGCAGAAGCUGAUCAUGCUGAAGAACGAACAGGGAGAAUUGAGUUCCAACGAUGAGAGGAAGUACAAGACGUUGAUCAGGCAGUGCGAGAAGGAGAUUUUGGGUGCUGCGGAUGUUAUCUGCUGCACAUGCGUGGGUGCUGGUGAUCCUCGCCUCAACAAGCUCAAGUUCAGGACGGUUUUGAUCGACGAAGCUACGCAAGCUGCUGAGCCGGCAGAGUGUAUGAUCCCUCUGGUGCUUGGCUGUAAGCAGGUUGUUCUUGUCGGCGAUCACCAGCAGCUUGGUCCGGUAAUCAUGAACAAGAAAGCGGCACGCGCUGGUCUGACACAAUCACUUUUCGAACGUCUGGUUGUACUUGGCAACAGACCCAUUCGUCUGCAAGUCCAGUACCGUAUGCACCCUUGCCUAUCUGAAUUCCCCUCGAAUAUGUUCUAUGAGGGCACACUGCAGAACGGUGUCACUGCUCCCGAGCGUCUUCGCAAGAAUGUCGAUUUCCCAUGGCCCGCCCCAGACACCCCGAUGUUCUUUUACCAGAACCUUGGUCAGGAAGAGAUAUCAUCCAGUGGAACUUCGUUCCUUAACAGGACCGAAGCAUCUAACGUCGAGAAAAUUGUGACAAAGUUCUUCAAGGCGGGCGUGAUGCCCAGCCAAAUUGGUGUUGUCACACCCUACGAGGGUCAACGCUCCUAUAUCGUCAACUAUAUGCAGUUCAACGGGUCUCUCAAGAAAGACUUGUAUAAAGAUAUUGAAGUGGCUAGCGUCGACGCCUUCCAGGGACGAGAGAAGGACUACAUCAUUCUGAGCUGCGUCAGAAGUAACGAACACCAGGGCAUCGGUUUCUUGAAUGACCCUCGUCGUCUUAACGUGGCUUUGACUCGUGCAAAGUAUGGAGUCGUCAUCCUUGGAAAUCCAAAGCACCCGCUGUGGCAUUAUCUUCUUACGCACUACAAGGAGAAUAACACCCUUGUCGAGGGUCCGCUGAACAACUUACAGCCGAGCAUGAUUCAAUUCAGCAAACCUCGCCGCUCCCUCGUCAAGUCCAUGGAUCAAUUCCGCCGCCACGAGACAAACGCACGGGACUUCAUCCCCAAUACCGGAGGUGCAGGCAGAUCAGGCACGCCAAGUCGCUUUGAUUCUAGUUUCUACCGCACACAUGAUGCUCUCGGGUACAUCCCGUCUGACGUGCAGUCUCUGCGCUCGCAAGCCACCUAUUCUUCUGGACUUCCCAUGUUUGCCGCGGCUGGUGGAUUUGGUCCUGGGCUACCCCGUGGCUCUGGGGGUGUGGGGAAGCGCAGCGCGUACGGUAGCUACGCCAGCUCCAUCAUCUCCCAGGAUGCUGGACCGCCAAGCACCGCAAGCAUCGGCGGUUCUGCCAUGGCGUUCUCGCAGUCAGACCGCUUACAGAGGCGUGGUUCCUUCUCCUCUGCUGCCGGUGCUUCUGACAUGGCCAGCAUGAGCGGGUACGACUACAAGAGCCAGGAUGGCACGACAGACACCGACGACGUGAAGAGCCAGUAUGCGGGGACGCAAUCAGGCUUGACGGUGUUCUAG